AUGAAUCAGGAUCAUGCUUCUGAGUUACCUAUGGAUGUUGACCUCCAGGAUACUGCUAGUGCCAACGUGUUGGCAGGAAGCCCGGAUAUUCAAGUUGAUUUGUCCGAGUCAACGAUGGACAUUGAUCACUGCAUCUCUGGUGAAUUGUGUGCCCUUCCUGGUGAUGGGAACAUGAACUUGGAAUGCAUUGCUUGGUCUAAACUGCAAAGAAUUACCAGACUGCCCAAGCGGACAUCAGUACAUGAAGACACCUCAGCAACAUGUGAUAUACCACCAGCCAGAAGUGUUGUCCGAAGGGUAAUUCUUCUUGUCACUGAAUCCAUUCGUAACAUUGUGGGAGCAUUUGGUCUAUCUCGUGACUACCCACAGCACCCAUCCUAUGAACCGGACAUAUUCAUUCCCCCACAUCUUUUGGUCAAUAAAUGUCCAACAGUACUGCCCCUUCCAUCGAUUCCUCCACCCCCACAUCCUUUUCCGAACAUGACAGUUUAUCAACUCCUCAACUGGAUGUCCAGCAGAAGUACCAGAAAGUCGGAGGCUGAGGUUUCGCAUCUUGUGCAUGAUGUGCUGCUUGCGGAGGAUUUCGAUGUCCAUGACCUUCAAGGUUUCAGUAUAAGGAAGCAUCUAAACCUUCUUGAUAGUACCCCAGACAAAAAUCCCCUGAAUGGUACUGCGAAGUUUCCGGAAGGUUGGAUCAAGACGGAUGUGACUAUUAAAGUCCCAAGUCGGAAGGUGGAUGCUUCUGGUGGGCAUCUGUUUCAAGUCCUGGGAUUUCACUAUCAGGCCAUUGACACUUGGGCCCCUACUAUUUUUCUCCUUAUCCUCCUCAUCUCCGCCCUUGCAUCACACCCUUACCCCGACCUUGCUCUUGUUAUCCUCGUCAUCCUCGCAUUCCCCUUCGCUCUCUACCUGUUGCUCCAGCAGAGCCAGUACAUCUGGCCGGACCCUUUCUCUGACGAAGCAUACCCAUGCUCCGUUCCACCCCCUGACUGA